AAAGUUUCUUUCAACACCGACUACCAACGGAUUUUCCAGUCCCUUGAAAGGAGACUGGCUGCUCCCUGUCGCGAUGGCUAAUUCCUUAGGAACCGGUGGAUCCAGUUUGAUCCAUCCCUCUUGCCUCUUUCCUUCUUACAAGCCCGUCAACUCUUGCUUUUCCGGCGUUCUUUGGGUCGAGUCAGGUCUGCGUAUAGAACUUUCCCGGACAGAUAUUAUAUUUUUAAUUGGCACAGAAGAAGACGUUGUGCCACCUGUGAGAUGCUGCUGAUUCAAAUAUGCAGAACUUUCCUGCAUUAUUCAGAAAUCACUAGAACUAAAUAAGUGAUUUUGGAUUUUAAAGUCAGGUGGGAGACGACAGAUCAUCCCCUCCCUUAGUCCUUGACUGAAAUUACCAGCUAAUUUUGCCCAGGAGAGACACUUAAAGCUGCUGGAUCUUUGCACGGGAAAUGGAGGCGCCCAAUGUCUACUCUGCUAGUAAUGGCCAGUGCUCACCCGGUAAGGAGAAGACAAAAAUGUCAACACCAAACAACAAUGGCCAAAAUGAUCCUUAUGUUCGGAAUUGCCCUAAUGAACUGGCUGAUAAACAAAUCAAACAAGAAGAAGACACAAAUGAGGAGGCUGAAAACACAAGCCCGGCACAUGAGGACCAAAGAGGAGAGGAAGGGGCUUCUGUGGGAGAAUCCAUGAGUGGGAGCCCGAAUAAUACACCAGACAGAAUAUCUGGACAUAGUAUGACCUCAGAAGCAGUCAAUCGACAACCAAACGGUGACCGGCCAUUCCAGUGCAACCAGUGUGGUGUCUCAUUCACUCAGAAGGGGAAUCUGCUGCGACACAUCAAGUUGCACACUGGUGAAAAGCCCUUCAAAUGCCCCUUCUGCAGCUACGCCUGCCGCCGCCGUGAUGCUCUCACGGGUCAUUUGCGUACUCAUGCUGUUGGCAAACCACACAAGUGUAACUACUGUGGACGGAGCUACAAACAGCGCAGUUCCCUGGAGGAGCACAGAGAACGCUGCCAUAGUUACCUGCAGAGCAUCGGUUUGGAACCAGCUACCAACACAGGCUCUUACGCAGGCGAGGUUCCGAAAGAUCCGAGGCCCAUGACGCCGUUUGAUCGGCCACUUGUUAUUGAAAGACUGCACAGUAAUGUUGGGAAGAGGAAGAGCACCACACCUCAGAAGUUUGUGGGCGAAAAGAUGGUGCGCUACAGCUACCCUGAAAUGGGAUAUGAGAUGGGCCUCAAGUUUGAGAAGCAGGCUGAAUUGAUGUCACCACACAUGAUGGAUCAGGCGAUGAGUAACGCCAUCACUUACCUGGGAUCAGACACACUUCGCCCCAUCAUCCAACACCCAGGGCACCCUCUCUCCAUGACUGAGGUUGUUCCCAUGGUCAACCCGCUCUAUCAUCAUGUUCUGCCUCUUCGCCAUAGAGCUGAGCGUACAGGAAACAUGGACUUACUGCCACCUCAGCCACCAUUACCGUCAGAGUUUCCCAGCCACACCAUCUCCAAUGGGCCUGCUGCUCGACAAGGUAGAUCGACCCAGUCAGGACAAGAAGAAUCGCCAAGUGUCAGUGGAGGAGAGUCCCCUGGCUCGGCUCGCAGCAGCCCUCAAGAACAGCAUGCCAACCUUGAUAGCAAUCUCCCACCAAGCCAAAGAUCACGUUCAAGUCCUGUGGUUUAUUCGGGUGAUCAUGCGACGGAGGUAUCACCCAGAAGCGGGUCAGCAAUCGGCAGUGGGGUUUUGCGAGAAUCCACAGAGAGGCUCGCGAGUCAGGAAGCGGUGCGGGUGUUUGGACGAGAAGGCCGGGAGUUGCGAGCUUUUCAGUGCGACCAUUGCCAAGUGCUCUUCUUGGACCAUGUCAUGUAUACAAUCCACAUGGGUUGCCAUGGAUACAGGAAUCCACUGGAGUGCAACAUCUGUGGCCACCACAGCAAAGACCGCUAUGAGUUCUCCUCACAUAUCGUUCGUGGUGAGCAUACAUUCCAGUGAAAAGAUGCUUUCAGUAAGUAAGGAGAGCAUUUUCAUUCUUAUUCCUUAGACCUUUAAUUGUGCUGCAGUCCUACAGCAUGUAGCACUAAUGCGGGCUUUUCAGCUUUUCAGCUAUUACUGUGAAUCAAUCAAUCAUAUGAAGGCUUGGUAGCAGUGUGUGCUGAUCAAAUGAAUUGUUUUGAAACCUUUUUUUCAAAUCUUGCUAAAACAAACCUCUCAAGGAUUUACUGACCAAAACUACUUUCUGCAGCAACAUUCAAUCUUCAAGAGUUUACAGAGAGGGCAAGUGGCGCUGGUCUUGUCUGGGUGUUGUAUGUAAACUUGUUUGGACAUUACGUCUUUCACUUUAAAAAAAACAAUUUUUAAAAACAAUUUAAUUUUCACAGUAAUAUUGAUUUUUUUUUUUUAUUCCAUUUGGCCGUAAUACACCUUCAAUAACUCUUUCGUAAAAGCUCCGUCCCACUGCGGUGUUUAUAAUUCCAUCAGAAAAACAAAGGCAUACAUUUUUUUAACUUUUUUUUGGUUUAGAGAAAUUUUGUGACACCAAACUUUGGAUUUGUGGUUUUCAUGUCAUUCUGUUGAGUUUUUUUUUUUUUUUGUCUUUUUCACCUUUACCAGUUUGUUGACUUUCAUGGCUGUGGAACCUUGGUUAGCAUCAUUUCCAGAACUGAAUCAUAUUUUAACCUUAUCAAUUUUCCCAUAAGAAAUAAUGCACAUAAUAAUGUUACAGAAAGCGAAAAAUGUGAACACAAAACACAUUUUUGUAGUUUUACAAUUAUAGUCUUACGUGGUGAAAACACUGCGUCUACAUAACAAAUUGACUGAGAUCCAAUGGGACACCAAAUUUGUUUUUUGCCAUGAGUUAUUUAUUAAUUCCAAUAAUGUUUCUCACCUUCUGUAUCAACAUUUUGGCACUUGCAACUUUCUUUGGCUCCAUCGUCCAUGUAUGUACAUUGAGGAGAGACGGAGUAAACUUCCUGUUUCCAUGUAUUCAUGGGCAUGAAGUGCUAACCAGGACGUUUAGUGAUAAACACACAGUGUAUUAAUAACAUGACAAGAUGUGUCAAAAUGUACACUAAAUGGACGCACACCAAGGCUAAAUUUUGGCAUACAUUUUUGGCAUUAAAACACGCUAUCCGAUGUUCCACUAUAGUCCAAAAUAAUAUUGAUCUAAGGUAAUGGUAAUCCAAAUAUAAAACCAGGCAUGGUACUCUUGCUGUUCUGUCGAAAAAAUAGACAACCUUGAAUUUACUGCAAUAUGACACCAUCUGACGGAAGUAUAAAGACGGUGGCAGACGGAAUUUUUAAAUGGCGCAAUGGGACUUGAGUCUUAACAAACACAAGCUUGUACUUGUACUUCAAGUAAUUGUUUGGUCAACCGAUGCUGCUUGGUGUCCAUUGGCACCAUUUGCUUGUUUUAAUGUUGUUUAUCAUUGUAUCCAAUUGUAUUGGCAGAAAUAUCAUCUCAUGUGCCAUUAUUGUCACUAUUUAGCUCUGCUAUGUUACAGUAUUUACGUUUCUGUUCGCAUUAUUUAAGAGUAACAUUUUCAGUGCAUAUUAAUCGAUCAUUACAUAUUAACUCAAAUAUUUCUCCCUGUGUUAAUUUUUAUAUGUGUACUUGGGCAGCUGUAAUGUCGAUCAACACAAGUUACGAAUGAUUCUGUUGGUUAUUAGUACAAUUACAACUAAUUUAAUGUAUUAAAUUAAAUUAAUCUCUCGGUUAGUGCGAUUAAUUAGUUCCAGACCUGACAGUGAUGAGCACAUUUUUGCAAAGUUGUAUUUCUUAUUUGUAAAUGGAAUAUUUUCAUAGCUAAGAGCAUAGAAAAGCUGAUUAUGACGUUCAAAAUACUGAUUUGAAUUCCGGUUUCUGUACAGUACUUCCUGCGGUGGCUAUUUUAUCAUCAAUGUAAUAUUACUGACACCUAGUGACCACUAUAGAAUUCUACACAUUGUUGUUUGAAUGUGAAAAUCUUUGUCUCAGUCUUCUACAACAUUAUGUAAAUUUACUAUUGCCGGAGAUAUCUAUUCACUUUUUUAAAGUAUCAUCUGACAUUAUUUAAAAACAAAGACUACUCCUGUUUGAGCAAAAAGUUGCCUUACUAUUUCACGGUAAUAAAACACGAUGCAUUUUUGUCAUGAUGAGCUACUAAAAUCAACUAUCUUAGUCAAUGUGUUAGCUAACAAUUUGUUAGCUCUUCAGCUAAAAACCACACAGUGUUAGCUCACUGUUAGUGUUACAUAGAGCGAAAAUACUUAUUAAUUAAUUACAUAUUUGUAAAUGUACAAGCAACAAUUCUGAAAUGUUCAAAAUUAAAUGGUAAAUUUAUGACAUUGAAGUCUGAACUUUACAAGAAAAAAGUCUUAAUAUUAUGACAGCAAAGCCGUAAAUGUAGGAGAAUAGCAAAACAGAGCAGUUAGCAUUUACAUUAGCAUGGCUAGCCCUUCUUACUUCCACCUUCCUUACACUGCCUGCUCAAGGCCAACAUCACAUAACUUUCCCAUUUUUAUGUAUCUCAGGCAAUACAUGUUUUUUAUACCUGUUGCAAGUUUUUCUUUGUACACUUACUGUUGAAAUUUAUUUAAUUUACGACUUCAUUCACAAAAUGUCACAAUGUCUUAACAGGCAUUGCUUGAGACAGCUACGAUAUAGGGGACUUAUGUGACCCUUGACCUUGGGCAAAGGUAAUUGUAAUUUAAUUUUCUUUUUCUAACCUGAAAUUAUGUUUGACUCAGGCAACUUGCAAAGAUUAGUUAUAAUUAUUGGUCCUCUUUAUACUUUAUUUUGUACUAAAAGGAAAACUGCACUUUCUUUAAAAUUUUGCCAUCAUCCAUAAUCCUUAUAUUAGACUUACCACAUAUGUAUUUUUUUUCUGUGUGUUCAAAAACUAUAAAAUCUGAAUUUAAAAACACAAAGCUAAGAAUGAAUGUCAUGGGAAACACAUAUUACGCCUACAAAGCCCUCUGAAAAAUACAACAACGCCUCAUUUACAUAUAAUGUGACAUGCAUAUUAACCAAGCUACAGCACCAUUGUUAUUAUUAUUAUUGUCAACAUUGUGAUGCUGAUCGAACUACGAGUAAGUUACUGGCGUUACUGGCGUGAUAUUGUGCCACACCACACAGGCUAGCUACUUUUAGACAUGCUUUUACUUGAUUAUCAUACUGUACUUGUCACAUAAUGGAUUCUUCAUACAAAUGGAGGUCUAUUUGUAGCUUGAUUGCGCUAAAGGAAAAAGUCUACAUUUACUUGCAGGUAGGAUGGGAAAGGAUGGUAGGAUAUGGAAAACAUAUCCAUGCAUUAGUCAACUCUGCUUUUUUAAUGCAGUUUCAUUUAUCAUAUUCACAUUUGGGUGUAUGGAGUUGUGUAUAUUUGAGUUAUUGUGUAAUAUUGUACCCUGUUUGUAUAUUUAAGCAUAAUGUGUCCUUCUCACUAUACAUAAUGCUUUAAACGGUGCCUCGGAAAGCUUUGAUUACGAGAUUUUCAACAAAUAUUUAUGUAUGUAUAUUGUAUUCUGGCUUUUGCAUUCUUGCUGUGGUAUAAGUGUCCUCAUGGUACUGGAAUGAGGCUGCUUAUGUUGUCAUCUGGUUGAUUACAUGUUCCAAAAGGACAGGUUUGAAGGUACAAAAAUGAAUGUUAUCCAACUUUGAGACGUCAUGAGUACAAAGUUCAGGUACGAUUUGCUUUUCCAGUUGGGUCUAUCAUGAUAGACUACUUUCUUUUGAUGGUCUUGUCCAUCAUCUUUAGAAUAGAUGAAAUUUUUUACCUCUGAGAGGCAACAAUGCAGCCUAAAAGGAGAAGAAUGUGUGGUGUACGGGUUGACCUUGCACUUUAUUUAUUCAUCCAUGACAAGGCACCACUUGAGUCACAUCUUGGAGUGAAAAAGAAAAGGCACAAAUGAAGAUUUAAUGUAUGGCUAGCUGAGAGAUCUAAUGAGUAGUUGGGAUCAUUGGAACCAGACCAUUAGCGUAGAUCCCCCGGUGGGUGACAAACCAAACCAUGAGUAACUGAUAUGCACAUAAAAUGUCUAUUUUUGACACACGGCUCGCUCCUCCCCGUACAAAUCCUACUUCUAACGUAAUGUUGAUGUUCUCCGAUUCAUCUCUAGAACUUUCGACAUCUCUCUUCAGUUUUGAAGCUGACAUGCUAAAUGCAUACAAGCACAAUGCCUCACAUUUAUUACACACAUUUCAAAUGAAGGUAAUCACCACUAAUGAAUGAUAAUCCAUAGAACAGAUGGAAUUGGAGUCACAGUGUAGCCUUUAGCCUGGUCUCCCGGUUAAGGCUACAUCUGCAUCCUUUCAUAUAUAUAUAUAUAUUUUAUAUAUAUAUAAAAUUCAUAUAAUAUAUUUAUAAAUCAUUGCCAACUUAAGAGUAAAUGAAAUGUUGUUUCUGUGAGGAAAAAAUGGCCGAAAACCCUCUGCCGCUUUGAAAGUACAAUGCAAGUUUAAGCCUUAAAUAUGCGUCACGCACUUAUGCAACCGUUUUUAAUUACAAAAUGUAUUGAUACUUACCCCUAAUUAAUAAUAAUGAAUGAUGGACCAGAUGGAAUCGUAGUCACAGUCCAGCAUCUAGCGAAGUCGUCAGGCUUGACCAAAAUCUGAAAAUUUGUGCUGUGAAUUGUGGAAGAAAAAAAUUACAAUUAAUAGAAAUUACACCUAAAAAAUUACAAAAAUAACACACAUUAAAAUAAAAAAAUUUUGACACCCCAAAAAUGCUAAUUUAUGCCGUGAAUUCCUGUUUUUGAAGGAAAAAAUAUAUAAACAGCACACAUAAAAAUAAAAAAUAUAUAUAUUUUUAAAUUGGCCAAAAAUUUAUAAAAGAAACAUUUACUAAUUUGUGCCCUGAAUGCUUAUUUUCCGAGAAACACACACAAAAAAAUCAUAAUAAAAUAUAUAUUUUUUUAAUUGACCAAAUGCUUGUGGCAUGGAUUCCUAUUUUCAGAGAACAAAAAAAUACAAAUAAAAAAAAUACAAACAACACACACAAAUAAAAAUCAUGAAUGUGCUACAUAUUCACCAUACUCUCAACACAGCUUAAUUAACCUCAAAUUUUUUUCAUACAACUUGUUUGAUCAAAAGGCAGCUUUCACCCCCCCUCACCCUCCCUUUUUCAUAUUCUCCGGUGCUAAGCAACCAUCAGUCUUUAGCCGUGUGCAAAAUCAAGGCAGAGGAAUUUGUUUACAUCUCGUACCUGUGAAAUAUACUUUUCUGUGAUCUAACAGGGGCACAACUAAAGCUUGCUUACAAGAACAAAAAGAAAGGCAAAGGAAAGACGUGAGUGAAGAAUUUACUUGAAACUCUAUGAAGUCAUCGCUGUUUAUUUUGUGUCGAUGUGUGCAAGAAAAUGUUUGGAGAAAAAAAUGUACAUGUGUUGUUUUAAAAGGUUUUACAAUAUUCCAAACAAGACAACAACAGGGUUCAGGUUUAUUGUUGUUGUAUAUUUUUGAAUACUAUGGCACUGAAUGGGUACUCAGAUUCAUGAAGAAUGUUUGACAUGAGGGAGCUCAGGUAUUUGCAUAGCCUGUAUAUUUUUAUGGAUUUAAUGAUCAAACCAAAUGAAGCUUCUCUAAUAAUGUCUUAAAUCUGAAAUACUGUGUCAAGUGAUGAAUUUGAACAAAAUCAGCAUGAAAUGACGGCACCUUGCUGUGAAGAAUAUGUACACUUUUUUUUAAGGACUGGGUUUCUCUUAUUUGGAAAAAAAAAAAGAUAUAUUUUAUUGUCUUGCCUGUUCAGUAAAAAGCAGAAGUCAGACAUAUUGUUAUAAUAAAAAAAUGUUUAAACUACCAAACUGUCUUAAUCGCUGAUCAUGUACAUGGACUGUGUUUUUUGUUACAUCACAAUUUAUAAUAAAUGCAUCUUAUAAUAAACUUAAUUAUAUGUGAUUAUGAAUAUCCAUAUAUCCAUUUUCUGUACCGCUUAUCCUCACGGGAGGCGGGGUACACACUGGACUGGUCGCCAGCCAAUCACAAAUGUACAAACAAAAACUUAAGUGGCAAGGACUGGGAAUUAUAGAGAUGUUGAUUUUGAUGAUUUUGAUGAUUUUGAUUUUUUUGAUGAUUUUGAUGAUGAUUUUACAUGGUACCCCCUCUACUGUGAAAUUGAAUCUUUAAAUUCGACAAUAACCCUUAGCAUUUGCAUCUAUUACCUAAUGGGCCGACUGGCUUUGAUUAUAGAAUUAAAUAAAGACUCAAAUACACAAAAUAUAUUAUUUUACUUUUACUUCACAAAUGCCGGUGUCUUAUAUCCUGCUCAGAAAAUACGUAAAUCACACAUCCCGGU